CUGCCCAGGAGAAAAGUCCAGUACAGUGCCCAGCAAACCGAGCAGUGCGCCACCACCACUCCGACUCCACACAUGCUCCAGGACGCAGCCAUGGAUUCCCGUCUCCGCGCACUUUGCAUGACAUUCGUGCUGGCCUCGUUCGGCCGGAGGUCAGGUGCGGUGGGAGCAGUGAUCCGAUGCGAGCCCUGCGACCCCGGUGCCCGGCUCCUGUGCAAGCCUCUUCCCAAGGACUGCGCCGAGCGGGUCCGGGAGCCGGGCUGCGGCUGCUGCUCGACCUGCGCGCUCAGCUCCGGGCAGCCGUGCGGGGUGUACACCGGGAGAUGUGGCUCCGGGAUGACAUGUCAGCAUCAGCCCGGAGAGACGAAGCCUCUGCAGGCUCUGCUGGAGGGACGAGGCAUCUGUGCAAACUCCACCAGCAGCAGGAGACUCGCAGUCAGACCCACACCUCCGGUCAACGAGCUGCCAGCAGAGGGUAUUGAUGCUCAGGACGAGGAGCGGAACUCCACCGGCCCAGGCCUCCAGGUCUUGUUGAGCACCCACAGGCCCACGGGACCCCUCAGACCCCCGCUUCUCCCUUUCUUCCCCUCCGCCAAGUCAGAAGUCCUGAGACAGGAGCAGCAGAGGCGAACCCAGAGCUUCAAGAUGGAGGAUCUCCCAGGACCACUCAUCACCGACCAGCAGAACUUCUCUCUGGAGACCAAACAGGAGCCUGAGUAUGGUCCCUGUCGGAGAGAGAUUGAGAGCAUUCUCAGCACCCUCAAGAUUACAGACAUUCUCAACCCCAGAGGUUUCCGCAUACCAAACUGUGACAAGAAGGGCUUCUAUAAGAAAAAGCAGUGCCGUCCGUCCAAGGGCAGAAAGCGCGGCUUCUGUUGGUGCGUGGACAAAUACGGGCAGCCGCUGCCAGGUUUCGAUGGGAAGGAGCGGGGAGACACCAAGCACUACAACUCCGAGAGCCAAUAG